AUGGAGGGGGGCCGUGGCCGGGGCCGUGGAAGAAACAAAGGUGGAAGGGGAGAGAACUCCAACAACGGGCAGCAUGAGAAGAUGAAUUCGGGCGUGGGUGCCGGUGGGGGGCAGCCGUCGUUCUUCGGUUUUGGUUACCAAGGGCCACCACCAUCGUGGGCUUUCCCCAGCCAAUUCCCUGGCCAGUUCCCGCGGCAAUCGUGGGGGGGGGGGGGCGUGCAGCAGCAAUGGUACGGCCCUCCACCGCAACAGAUGCAAGGGCAAACAGGGGGGCAGUCCUCGGACCCCAACAACAGUCAGGGAGGAAAUCUGCAGCAGAGCACGAACCAGGGGAAGAUUCAACAAAAGAAAAAGCAAGAUGUGUCUCAGAAGCAGCAGGUUAGUCCAGGACUGAUGUCCUACACAAGUGUCACUUGCUAUAACUGUGGAGAUUCUGGGCACCACAAGGACAAGUGCACCAAGCCAAAGGGGUGUAUCAUUUGCAAAAUGAUAAGCCACAAAGUUGAAGACUAUCCUACCAGGAGAAGACCUCACUCAGCUGCCAAAUAUGUAGGUGGUGCUGCACAGGGCUUAGGUUUCUACCACUUGGACAUACCAGAUGUCAAUGCCCAGCAUCAGGGCUGCCUCAAGAAUGUUGGGAUUGUCUUUGUGGAGCAGGGGGAGGUCACUAAGCAAGAAUUAGCCAAGGAAUUUGCCAGUAUUUAUAAAACAAACUGGCCAUGGGCCAUCAACAAGCUGGAUGAUUGGACCUUUCUGGUCAAGUUCCCCCCAGAGAUUGAUGUGGAGCAAGUAGCUGGCUACCCAUGUUUUGGCCUAUCAAAAGAGAACACUAUGGUCAAGGUGGAAGCCUGGUUGGGAGAUAUCACUGCAGAGGAUGAGCUCCAGAAAAUCACUUCAACAUUUGGGGUCCUGCUGGAUGUUGAUUGGCAGCACAACUUCCAAAGUUUCUAUGAAAUUGUUAGAGUCAAAAUAUCAUGCAAGGACCAUAGGAGAAUUCCACAGGAGAGAAUUUUUGGGAUCCAGGGGAAGCUGUACAACAUCCAAAUUGAGGUGGAGCCACCCCAGGUUGAUGCACAUGUAGUGAUUUAG